AUGGACGUCAGCGUGCUCCUGCGGGUCGGCCUGGACGAGCUGUGCUGGACGGCGGUCUCUGCAGGGCGCCGCGCCGCGGCCGCCUUUUACCACUCGGGCUACGGCACGGUGGAGCUCGCUGGCCGGGACUUCGUGGAGAGUUGGUUCUUGGCGACCAAGCCGGGGAACCCGUUCUUCGUUCGGUGGCGGGACUUGUUUUGCGAGCUGUUGCGCGGCCGCACCGAGGUCGGCACGAUGUUGAGGAGGACGAGGAGAUGGACAUAUUCCUCUCAGGUCCACGGGCUGCUGGACCACCCGCUGUACCAGGGCCUGAGCCUCGAGGGGCUGGACCGCCUGAACAAGGAGUUUUCUGCUGCAGACAUGGACUUCAGAGAGUACCUGGCCAUACACGCCAUGUGCCACCGGAUGCUGGAGACGUUGCCGGAGGCCCGUGCGCAGUGGCGCGACGCCUGGCAGCUCACCGACGCGGCGCACACCGCGUUCCUGGUCCAGGCCGCCGCCGCGGCGGCCGGCCUCCCGGUGGCCGCGCUGCUCCUCGGCGAGGGCCCCGUCGGCGCCGGGGCCCUCGCGGCGCUCGGCGGCCCGCCCCCGCUGCUGAAGCUGCGCACCCCGGACCACGCGGCCCUCUCGGGGCUGCCGGCGCGGGCGCUGCUGGACGGCAGGCACUUGCUGGGCCAGCUGCUGUCGGGCGCCGGCGGCGCGGCGGAGGGCGGCGACCAACGCCCCUGCGCUCCCGCGCGCGCAGAAAG